AUGAGCGAAAAUCCGAAUCUCGCUGCGAGAUUGCUUUUGCUUACCUCAAUCCUUGUAUCAUGCGCGACAUGUGUACAGGGCGGGACAUACAAGAUCGCCGGGGUCUUCAGUGCCGAAACUGGUCAGGUGGAAUCUCGGGUGUUCUCUCGAGCGGUGGAUCGAGUGAACACCGACAAUCAGGAGUUCCCCGAGGUUCAAAUGCAAGCGAUUUCAAUAAUGUUGAAAGAAGGAGAGACGUGGCGAAAUUAUUUGGAACUAUGCAAGCAGUUCGAAAGUGGAGUGGUGGCGAUCGUCGGCGCGGAGUCUUCCGUGGAGGAUUCAUUGAUAUCGUCCGUUUCGUCCGCGGUAAGGAUACCACACAUAAGGACUGGUUUCAACAGAGAGCUCGAGGAUCCAGAUGAUCUAUCCCUAGCUCUUGCACCCUCCCCGUCGGAUCUCGCAGAAGUAGUGCGACAGCUGAUUCUCCACAUGGGGUGGAUUCAUAUAGUCUACAUAUACGAUACGAGUGCAGGGUUGCUGCGGAUGAACGAAUUGGAGGAAGAUCCGGAAUUCAAAGGACGGCGAUUGAUGCCCAUCGACCUCUCUGUCGAUUCGAAUCCUUGGGACAACAUCGUUAAACUUUCUAUUAGACAUGUCGUCGUCGAUAUUGAGAGCAAAUCAGUCCAUCAAGUUCUGAAGGAGAUUUCGAUGUCGGGGCUUUCUCAGGAGUAUUACAGCUUCAUCAUGCCCAACAGCGAUAUCAGAAUACCAGAGAAUUCAACCCAGCAAACAUUCUUCUUGGACGCUGAUGUCUACACAUUUUCCCUCGUCGAUCCCGAAAACAGGGAGAUGCAUUGGAUUUACCGGAUGCUGGAGAUGAACUCGACCGAAAACGAACCGAACCUUCCCUUCAUCUACGAUUCUGUUCUCCAAAUAGGCCAUACUUUGAACAACCUCUCACUGAUACACAGACCCAUCCAAGCAUCACAAGGGAGUUGUUCGAACGAAAAAGUUUUCGAGAAUGGAAGGAGGCUCUACGACAGUAUCAGAGAGUCGACCAAAUUCCAAGGAGUCACCGGCUUCAUUGAGUUCGACGACAAAGGCGUUCGCAAAGUGAAACACGUUCACGUGAAACUAUUGAAAGACGGGAAACUGACGAAGGUUGCAGAUUGGAAACCUCAAGAGGGACUGACCUUCAUCAAAGAGUUGGAUCCGAAGGGCGAACCAGACGAAGCACUAGAGCAAGACGAGGGUCUCAACAACAGAGUGCUCGUUGUCACGAGCAUUCAGACUCCUCCAUUUCUCAUGCGGGACGAUCGUCCACAUUUGAAAGGGAAUGAGCGAUAUUCGGGUUUCGUUGUCGAUCUCCUAGAGAAGCUGUCGAAGCUGCUAAAAUUCCAAUACUACAUCAAAGAAGUGGAAGAUAAUAAGUACGGAGCGUUCAAUGAAUCCACUGGAAGCUACAGCGGUCUCGUCGGCGAAAUCCUUCUGGGGAAAGCCGACAUCGCUGUGGCACCCUUCACGAUAAACAGGGAGCGUUUCGCUUCGCUCGACUUCAGUUUCCCGUUUCUGGAGGCCGGCAUCGGCUUACUCGCGAGACGUGAGGUCGAUGCUUUGUCGCACAGUUUCCUGAGCCCUUUCACCUUCUGGAUGUGGUCAGCACUCUUCUGUACCAUGUGUUCGGCUACGUUCGUGAUCACUUUCAUUGCACGUUUAUCGCCCCGUGAAUGGUCAUCGGUGUCGGAGACCGCUAUCGAGACGAGCUUCACGAUAGGAAAUUGUUUUUGGUACCUCUACUCAACAAUCAUGUUCCAACGUUUUCAAUUGAAGCCUAGUUCCCCAGCCGUCGUCGUGGCAUUCUUCGCCUGGUUCAUUUUCUGCCUAGCUGUCAUGGUUUCUUAUGGUACCGUGCUGGGUGACUUCAUCAUCAAAUACAAUGAGAAGCCGAUUCUGUCGAGAAUAGAUGACCUCCGUUCAGAAAGCAAUCGAGUGAAGUUCAGUGCCAUACAGUCAGGUUCUACGAUGAAAUUCUUCGAGGAAACCGAGUAUCCCAACUAUAAGCAGAUCUACGCAAAACUGGACAAGGAAGCCGCGGUGCGGAAUCUGAGCGAAGCUAUGGAGCGCAUUAAAAGCGAGGAUUUCGCCUUGUUUCUCGAGACGCCGUACAUCGAGUAUUUCGUCGGCAGAGACUGCUCUCUGCAACAGGUUGAAGGCACCGUCGGCAGCGUCAGCUAUGGGAUAGCCAUGUCAAGGGGCUCCACAUUGACUAAGUACUUAUCGGCUGGAGUUCUGAGUCUCCGGCGAGAAGGUGCUUUACAGGCGUUGAGAGCGAAGUGGUGGAACGAGCACCACGCCGGAAAGCACUGCCCGAAUCAUCACCUCAUUGUUCGGCCUACGCCUUUUACCGUGAGAUUCGGGCGAGUGAAUAUGCUCUUCGUGUUCCUCCUCAGUGGGCUCAUUGUCUCGGUCGCCAUCACACUCUACAAUUAUGUGCGGAAACAAAUGUCCAACGAGGAUAAAAGCGACUUUCGUUUCUUCGUUCCGACUCUAUUGAAAGAGAUCCAGAAUUUGUUCCUGCCUAAGAAGCCAGAACCUGCAAAUCCGUCUCCUGAACCUGUCGAGACGUGACAAGGAUCAGACUCCCUGCUCAAUGAGCCUCCGAAUUCCUUUUCGGAUUUUCGCCAGUCCCUUGGGCGCACCAAGCAUGCCUGACAUCACAGAGGAUCAGUUUGCUGUUGAAGAGGAUUCUCUUUCUUCAUCAUAUUCGCUCGCUUCGAACCGCUUCUCAUUGUCAGACCUCAUUUUCUCGAGGAUAAAGUAAUA